GACUGGAACAGGGGAACCCAAGAGCAGACUCAGACGAGGAGACUGGGAUGAAGUAACCAAGAACCUAAGCUAAAUCAUCACGAGCAACAUGGUUGAGUGGACAGAUGAAGAGCGCGCGGCCAUCUCCAACAUCUUCUCCAAACUAGACUAUGACGAAAUUGGCCAAAAGUCCCUGUCAAGGUGUCUGAUCGUGUACCCCUGGACCCAGAGGUAUUUCGGGGGCUUCGGCAACCUGUACAACGCAGAGGCCAUCAUGAACAACCCUCUGAUUGCUAAGCACGGCACCACGGUGCUGCACGGUCUGGACAGAGCUCUGAAGAACAUGGACGACAUCAAGAACACAUACGCCGAGCUGAGCGUUCUGCACUCCGAGAAACUGCACGUGGAUCCCGACAACUUUAAGCUGUUGUCUGACUGUCUGACCAUCGUCAUCGCUGGGAAGAUGGGCAACGCAUUCACCCCCGAAUAUCAGGCAUCCUUCCAGAAGUUCUUGUCAGUGGUGGUGUCUGCUCUGGGCAGGCAGUACCACUAGAGUCAGUCUCCAUAUAGCUGGCCGAGGAGACAGCCUGUGUGCUCAUGUGUUUCACUCUUCAAUGAAUAAAUAAAAUAAGCAUAUAAGCAUC